UCCCUCUUUUCCUUUUUAUCCAGCGAUCUUCCAACUCCACGAUCGCUUCCGAGCGUGUAUGAUCGGUGACGUUGAUUCUUUCAUACAUUUCAUUCCGUGCUUUGCGGUCUGCUGACUAAGAACAAGCUUAACCUCCACCUCGAUAACAUUUGAGGGCGAACAUCGUAGGUUGUGAGGUUGUCCGUUAAUCGACCACCACCAAAAAGUGUCUAUCCCUCCGUGCGUCAAGAGAGUAUCAUUAUAUUGCGGUCCGUCAUCGCGUUUACUUCGCAGUUCAAGUGCAGUGCGUCGGUCGGUUCAAUCGCUCGAACCCCGAUUCCGAUUUCGGAUUGAUUAUUUAUCCUACACUACCGUGGAUGAUGUAAUUCGUUCGAAAUAAACAUCUUCGCCUUGGAGAACACAGUAUAGAGCUCGCGAUCGCGUUGCAGUGCACCUAUACACGCACCCGGCCCGGAACACUGUUGAAGCUGGAAACGAUUUUUAAAAAUAAUAAUUACAAACGCGCAGAUUAUAAAGCAAACGUGUUGGAAGUGAGAGUUGAACAACAGAGCACACAACAGAACGCUGCAAACAAUAAGCGAAACAAGUGAUCGUGUUCUCGAGUGUUUAAAGAUCGUUGCUGCUUUCGUGGAUCGAGAAGAUGGGUCUUAAGCGAAAAUUAUUUACCGCCAGUUUGGUGCUGAUGUUGAUAGCCAUUCUGCCGGGACUUCCGCCCAAAACGGUGUUCCCGUUUAGGCCGAUCAGUAUCGCACCGGUACGACCACUUACCGGGGUGUUGGCCCCGAACCAGUUGCUUAACGGAGCUGAACGCCUGCACGAGGGUGGCCUCUUGCAGCCUGAAGGCGUACUUGUGCGUGGUAACGUUACCUACGUUACGGUUUAUGGUGGCAAGAUUCUGGAGCUGGGCGAUCAGGGCUCUGUACGUACGGUGGCCAAGUUGGGUCCGGAGUGUGUGGGUACCUACUCGGAGCGUAUCUGUGGACGUCCACUAGGGAUUGAUUUCGAUACCAAGGGAAAUAACCUCAUAGUGGCCGACCCGUACCUCGGUAUCUGGCAGGUGCACAUAAAGACGGGCGAGAAAAAGCUGCUCGUCUCCAAAACCAACGCCAUCAUCGAGGAUGGUACCGGUCGCGGCACCAAAUCCGUCCUCCGUCAGCCCAACAUCCCGAACAGCCUGUCGGUGGCACGCAAUGGUGACUUCUACUGGUCCGACACGGCAUCCGACUUCAUCUUCGAGGAUGCUGUCCAGGCACUGCUGUGCAAUCCAUCCGGCCGUCUGCUACAUUACUCCCGUGCCGAAGGCAAAAACCGUGUACUGAUCGACGAAAUUUACGGCGCAAACGGUGUGGUGCUGAGUCCGGACGAAAGCUUCGUGCUGGUUGGUGAGCUCGGUGGCCAACUGAUCCGGCGCUACUAUCUGAAGGGUCCGAAAGCCGGCACACACGACGUGUUCAUCGAUGGGCUUCCCGGUGCGGUGGAUAAUCUGAACGGUGAUGCGAACGGAUUCUGGGUUGGGUUAGUUAUCGCGGCCGACGAGAACAAUCCUUCCUUCAUCGCCAUGUUAGCACCAUUCCCGAACCUUCGCCGCCUGUUGGUGCGUUUGUUCGUACUAGUUGAGGCACCGUUUAAGCUGUGGUACGACCAAACCGGCAGUGACUUUGCCCUCUGGCUAACGCAUCACAUUGGACAUCUUGGGGGACUGGUUGGAUUGUUUCCCGAUCGUGGCACGGUACUGCGCAUGGACUGGGAAGGUAAUAUCGUGCUGGCACUACACAACGAUGACACUUCCAGUCACGUCAUCUCCCAGGCCGUCCCAAUAGGAAAGGAACAUCUACUGCUUGGAUCACCGGUCAAUCAGUGGUUGGGACGGGUGAAGCUAACUCCAGACACACUGGCCACCCUUAAAGGACAAGCACAAGCUAAACCAUCAUCGGCAAAGGCUUCAACCGGAACGCCACCAAAAGAAGAACUGUAGAAGCGAGUUGUGUGGGCCGUGGGGUUUCUGUAGGGAAGACACUCAAAGUAAAUAAAACUCAAACAAGUACAAUUUA